AUGGGAACCCUCGCACCUCCCUUCACAGCGUUAGAGGCCGACAACAGUGUGGUCAACAGGGAUGACUUAAGCACACCACUCGCCGUACCGCAAAACUCCGCAUUAUGGCGGCCACCGCCGGUGCCAAAGACACCCGCAAAGCAGCGCAGAACUGUGCAUAGAACCCGAAGCCAGAUGCGGUGUGCGCCACUCAACAACAGUCAACGUGGUCCACGGAAUGCUGUGCAGGAUAUCCGCAAGGGUCUUGCUUCAAGGAAGCGGCCAUCCUCUGAUUUGUCGCAGUUCAGUGCAUUACAGUUGGAUGACACAGAUAAUUCCAUGCCUAUCAUCUCACAGGAUGGUGAGGUCGAAGUACCACGUCGUUGUGUAAAUCGCCCUGUGGCGCCACUUGGCUUUUUUUCGGCUGCUGUGCUUUUCCCAUCUCAGACGAUUUCCUCUCAGGGGGAUUGUCUGCCACGGCGCGGGCAGAGUGCCUCUUUCAUCCGUGCCUCACCAGAGGGAUUGGACCACUCACAAGCAGACACCGAAUACUCCAAUUUAUUUAAUCGGCGUAUUUUAACCGACUACCGGGAAAUUAAGGAUCUCGGUUCUGGUUCCUUUGGCAAGGUCACACUUUACGAAGAGACAGGCACAGGAGCUCUUGUGGCAGUGAAAAUGUCGCCACCUUUGACGAAUGCUGAGCAGCGUCAACGCUUUUUGCGGGAAAAGGAAAUAUUGACUUUUACUCGAGGUUUUCCACAUGUUGUGCAGCUUCUGGAUGCGUGGGAAGAGGGAUCUAUUCCGCAGAUGUACCUCCAGAUGGAAUACUGUAAGGGUGGUUCUGUGGCUAAUAUGGCGGAGCUGCGGCGUAAACGCGGGGAGCGAUGGGAGGAACGGGAAUUGUUCAUAUUCCUUGGACACAUGGCUCUUGCGUUGGAUGCAUUGCAUAGUGCCAAUAUUGUACAUUUGGACUUUAAGCCGGAUAAUGUGCUGAUAGAUGGGGAUGGAAGUUACAAACUUAGCGACUUUGGUUGCAGUGUAACUCUUAACGAAGAGGGUCGUCCACGGCGGUGCCUUAUUCCAGGCAACCAAAGGACGAGCAAUGCAUCACAAAUGGUGAACGGUAACACCAUGAUGGACCUUAUUGGGCUAAGUAUGCCGACUCAACUUAGCACCAUGAGUGUGGAGGAGGGGGACUGUCGCUAUGUGUGUGCGGACAUGCUUAACCAAAAACGGCAUCCCAAGGCGGGCGAUAUUUUUUCUUUUGGUAUUUCACUCUUUGAGCUCAUGUCAGGGGAGGCGUUGCCGCAGCACGGGACACCUUUUUUGGAGCUGCGCAGUGAACUACCGGUAGAACUUCUCGAGUCCCGCGGUUACUCAAGGCCUCUGAUUGAUCUUGUAGCCCUACUUAUGCAUAACGACCCAGUCGCACGUCCAACCGCACGUGAUGUGCUGCGCUUUUUUUACCUCCCACCACGCGUUCCGGAGUUGGUCACAAAGUGGUCUGCCGCAGAGGAGACAUGCGAGAGCGAGGAGGCAUCGACACUCCUGGAGAUGCGCUUUGUGCAUACCGCACUUGAGGUCUCUUUGUGGCUGGUGGGUGCAGCACGCCGGACGCUUGAAGGGGCGUCUCUCAAUAACAACAACAACAACGGCGGCGGCGGCGGCAGCAGUGGUGGAAACUGUGCCACUGGCGGUGAUGCUCUUUGGAGACGACCGCGAGUCGACAUUGAGGAGUCGUGCACGCCGAAAACGCCUGUGAUCAUCCGCAGGCUAGGCCGUAGUUGA